AUGCCAGGAAAAGGAAAUGCAGUUCUAAAAGGAGACUGCAAGGGUAAAUGCCACCCGUCAACCAUUAACGAUAGUUUUGUGGAGACAAGGACACAUCAUUUCAUGGUUAAUGGAAAGCCGUUGUAUUUUAAUGGCUUUAACGCCUACUGGUUAAUGUGUAUGGCUUCUGAUCCAUCUACAAGGGUGAAGGUCACAGACGCAUUUCAAGAAUCUUCCAAGAUAGGAAUGAACCUGGUUAGGACUUGGGCUUUUAGUGAUGGUGGCAACAAACCCCUGCAAACCUCUCCCGGUUUUUACAAUGAGGACAUGUUUAAGGGAUUGGAUUUUGUGAUAUCAGAAGCGAAAAAGUAUGGGAUUCACUUGAUUCUCAGCUUGGUUAAUAACUGGGAUGAUUUUGGAGGUAAAAAACAAUAUGUUCAGUGGGCAAGGGAUCAUGGAGGACAAUACUUGAAUAGUGAUGAUGAGUUCUUUACCAACGUUGUAGUUAAAGGAUAUUAUAAGAAUCAUUUGAAGACCAUUCUUACGAGACGCAACUCAAUCACCGGGGUUGACUACAAGGAUGAUUCCACCAUCUUUGCAUGGGAGCUAAUGAACGAACCCCGCUGCCAGUCUGAUCUAUCAGGGAAAUUUCUACAGGUUCUUGUUUUCUCUGUUUUCUCACGGUUAAGUUGUUCAUAUGAGAAAAUGCCCGAAUCAAUUAUCCAGAAAGAAGGAAAUCUUUUACUUUCAAAUGAUAGGAGAAUGGAUAGUAGAAAUGGCAGCCGAAAUAAAGUCCAUGAUAAGAACCAUCUUCUCGAAAUCGGACUUGAAGGGUUUUAUGGGGAAUCAAUGCCUGAAAAGAAGCAAACCAAUCCGGGCUAUGAAGUAGGGACCGACUUCAUUACAAACAACGGCGUCAACAAUGUGGAUUUUGCUACAAUCCAUCUGUAUCCCGACCAAUGGGUUCCGGGAGCUAGCGAUGAAGCUCGAGCUAAAUUUGUUGAAAAAUGGAUUAAUGCACAUAUUGAGGAUUGUGAUUCCAUCUUGAGAAAACCUUUACUGAUUGCAGAAUUUGGCAAGUCCUCUUGGUCUUCAGGUUACACCGUAGAAGCAAGGGAUGAGUACUUUGGUGGGAUAUUCAACACGGCCUAUGAAAGUGCAAGAAACCGGGGUUCGUGUUCAGGUACAACUUUUUGGCAAGUCAUGGCAGAAGGAAUGGAUAACUGGGGUGACGGGUACCAAGUUGUCUUGAACCAAAACCCCUCCACUGCUGCAAUAAUUGCCAAACAGUCUCAAAGAAUUUCAUCACUCAGCCUUCAACCAACCUAG